AUGUCAUCUACAAAUAGGGACAGUUUUAUUUCUUGUUUUCUGAUCAGCAUGCCUUUCAUUUCAUUGUGCCCCAGCUACCUCCCAGUGUAUGCCGAGGUACAGGAGCCCCACGUGUACCUGCAGAGCAGCCAGGUGGAGCUCAGCAAUCUCUACCUGGGCGUGCCCAUGAAGGCAACCAUCACACUCAUCAACGGCACACUCCUGCCCACCCAGUUCCACUGGGGCAUGCUCCUGGGGCACCAAGCAAGCUUCUGCACAGCAAAAGUCUCCCCCAGAUGUGGCACCCUGGGCCCCAAUGAGGAGUUCCAGCUCAGUCUGGAGUUGACUGCUCAUACCCAGGAAGAGCUGACCGAUCUGGCCCUCCCUUGUACCGUGUCAGGCAUGAAGGAGCCACUGGUUCUGGGCAUUUCUGGGAAACCCCAGGGACUGCAAGUGGCCAUCGCCAUCUUGGAAGAGGGCCCUGAUAGAAGUGUUCCCAGCACAGAGCUGUGGCCAGGCCACAAGGAGGAGCUCAACCUGGACUUUGGCUCAACGGUGCCACUGAGGACCUGCGUGAAUCGCCAGCUCAUCCUGACCAAUCACUCCCCGAUACAGACCCUUUUCACCCUCAAGUUUGAGUACUUCGGGAGCCCUCAAAAUAGCCGGCGCCAAAAACCAUGCCUCCCCGACGUGUCUCCUGCCCUGCUGAAGACAGCGAGGAUUCGUAAGCAGUUGGCCAGGCGAGAGCAGCUGGAUUUUAUGGAAAGCAUGUUGUCUCAUGGGAAAGGAGCAGCCUUCUUUCCCCACCUUUCCCAGGGCGUGUUGGGGCCCCACCAGCAGCUACGUGUCAACAUCACAGGAUGUGCGAACAUGUGGGGCGAGUACUGGGACAACCUCAUCUGCACGGUGGGAGACUUGCCUCCAUCAGUCAUCCCGGUGCACAUGGCAGUGGUGGGCUGCCCCAUCAGCUCCAUGAGGACCAACUACACCACUGACCCGUUCCAGAAGGAGCCUGUCAUCAGGUUCAGCACCCAGGUCUCUGGAGGAGAUAGAGUUACCCGGAUCCUUCGCCUGCAUAACUCCAGCCCCUGUGACAUCCGCCUGGACUGGAAGACCUAUGCUCUGGAUGACAGGGAGGACCGGCUGGUGGAUCUGCUGGUGUUUUAUGGGCCACCUUUCCCGCUGCAGGACCGAGCAGGAAAUGACCUGUGCUCUGAGACCUCCGAGGGCAGCAGCUCCUUCCAGCCCCCAAGGCUCUCUAACGAGUCGGUGUCCAGCCAUGAAGCUGCCCAGUCUGUGGAGAGCAGCUCCAGUAACUCAAAGAUCAUCUCGGUCAUCCUGCAGGGGCAUGAGGGAGUGCCCUGUGACCAUCUGUACCGUGUCAGCCCCAAGCAGGUGGAGGUCCCUGCAGGGGGCAGCAGCACCAUCUCCAUCUCCUUCACACCCAUGGUCCUUGGCCCCGACAUCCUGCACAAGGUGAAGUGUAUUGGCUACGCCCUGGGCUUCAUGAGCUUGGACAACGAGGUGGAAAGGGAGCUUCCAGGGAGGAGGCGGCGCCUGCAGGACUUUGCGGUGGGACCCCUGAGGCUGGACCUGCAUAGCUACGUGAGGCAUGCACACCUAAGUGUGGAGCUGGACUACGACGGCGGCAUGGACUUCUGGCUCCAGGCCAGUGACCUCAUCCCUGAGCAGCCCUGUUCUGGGGUGCUGAGUGAGCUGGUGACCACCCACCACCUGAAGCUGACCAACACCACGGACAUCCCACACUACUUCCGGCUCCUGGUCUCCAGGCCCUUCUCUGUUUCUCAAGAUGAAACUAGCUGCAGCCACCGAGCUGGCCCCGGCAGGGAGCAGGAGUGUGAGGAGUCGGCAGCAGGGGCCAAGCAGCUGGUGCUCCACCCGCAGGACAACAUGCUGGUGAACGUGUCCUUCUCGCUAUCCCUGGAGCUGCUCUCCUAUCAGAGGCUCCCAGCUGACCAGAUGCUGCCCGGAGUAGACAUUCAACAGAGCGCGAGUGGAGAGAGAGAGAUGGUGUUUACCCAGAAUCUGCUCCUGGAGUACGCCAACCAGACCACUCAGGUGGUGCCCCUGCGGGCCACUGUGGCCAUGCCCGAGCUGCAGCUCUCCACUAGCUGGGUGGACUUCGGGACCUGCUUUGUGAACCAGGGGCGGGUCCGGGACGUCUACCUGAUGAACCUGAGCAGCUGCCGGAGCUACUGGGCUGUGCUGAUGGGCCAGCAGGAGCCAGACAAGGACCAAGUGGCCUUCAGCGUCUCCCCAAGCAGUGGACUGCUGGAAGCACGACCAGUCAAUGCACCUCCACCCUUCAUCACCCUGCAGGUUCUCUUCACGGCCAGGAGCAGUGAGCUGUAUGAGUCCACGCUGGUGGUAGAAGGUGUGCUCGGUGAGAAGACCUGCACCCUGCAGCUCCGGGGCCAAGGCUCUUACGACGAGAGAUAUGUAUUACCUGCCAGUUCUGAGGCUCUGCCCUCAGAUCCCCAGCGUUGGCAAUAAACAUGGCCCAGAGCUACAGAACAGGGGCACACACUGGAGAACCUCUGGGCGGCUCCUGGGAUGGAGGGACCCCCUACCAUGGCAUUGGUCAGCCUAGACCCUGCGUUUACAUCCUCAGAGCUAAUAUAAAGCAUAGGCCAUGUCACCGGGGAGACCACGGCAGUUAAGAAUCAGCACUCAGGUUGCGCAGAGGCA